AGAGAUCUUUCAAGCAGUUUUGGUCAUGUCAAGGUUUUGGCACCGGUGCCAGGCAGUGACCGAGCAGGCAUCAUUUGCAGUGUGGCAAGCUCGACUGUCCAGGAACAGAGGUGUGCAGCAUGUGUUGCCAAUCAACUUUCUUCGCACUGCGUCCGUUGCACCGCGGCGACGUCUGCCAACGCAACGACCACGAGUGGACGACCCCCAAGCUCCACUCAAGGAACGAGUCCGCGUGCAUGAAGAACGCGAGCAUGGAGAAGACCCGAAAUGGAAGGAUUACAAACGGGUGACCAUUCUCCGUCCAGUAUUGUUUUCGGCUGCCGUGGUGGUCGCGUCAUUUGGUGUUGCAUCAUAUAUGCGUGCGGAGCGUCGAUGGGAAGCGCAGGAGAAAGGGAGCAUUUUUGCAUUCGACCAGAUAUUCGGACCACCACCCCGGCGACGAAUGGAUGAAUCAUCGGCCUUGCCGGAACCUAUCUCACGAAUAAAAGGAAUGAUUCUUCAUUGGUGGGAGUCCGCUCGCCCGUCCCAACAAACUGCAUACGCCAUUGUUGGCAUCAACACUGCUGUGUUUCUAUUAUGGAGAAUACCUUCACUGCAACCCUUCAUGCUGCGUCACUUUGCUCAUCAUCCACUAUCCGGGCGGUCAUAUACCCUGCUCACCUCUGUUUUCAGCCACGAAAGCUUCCUACAUUUGACUUUUAACAUGUACGCGCUCUUGGGAUUCGCUCCACUGUUACAAGAGCGUGCCCUGGAAUCGUCCGAGGAGAUGGUUGCGUUUUAUCUGUCAUCUGGAGUGCUAGCGUCGCUUGGAUCGCACCUGGUCACAACACUUUGGUUGCGGCGGUACCGUUCGCCAAAACCUAGCGUAGGCGCUAGUGGUGCCAUUUGGGCAAUUCUGGCUGGUUGCGCCAGUUGUCUUCCUCACAUUCCAGUAGGAAUCAUAUUCCUCCCCGGUAUACAGUUUACUCUAGGCGAAUUGAUACCUGCAUUGGUUGGACUGGAUGUUAUUGGACUGAUCAGAGGAUGGCAAUUUUUUGACCAUGCUGCACAUUUGACGGGUGCCGGAGUGGGAUAUAUGUAUAUUGAGCAAGGAAGAGUUUGGUGGAAAUGGUGGCAGAGAAAAUUGGAUGAGUAUCAUAGACAAGGGAGAAUUUAAUGAGCCAGUACUUUCAUUGCAUGGUUGAUAUGUGCCUACUUGCUUGUAUCAUACAUAGAGCUAUAGGAAAGGUGUUUCUGCGUGACAGAACAGAGUUGGUCGGCCAUUAUCAUCACCACGGAUGAAUGCCAGUGCAAACCAUUAGAAAUAAGUAAACUUAUUGUAGGAAUAUAUAUUGACGUGCUCGCUCGCC